AUGGUAGAAGAAGCUGAGCGAACCGGUCGUCUCAGGCUUGGUGAUACGAUAAUUGAGCCCACUUCUGGAAAUACUGGCAUUGGCUUGGCUCUUGUUUCCGCACUUAAAGGAUACAAAUGCAUUAUUGUUCUUCCUGAAAAAAUGAGCACGGAGAAAGUGAAUUUACUUCAUGCACUAGGAGCUAAGACGGUUCGCACUAGAACUUCGGCACGUUUUGAUGAUCCAGAUUCUCAUCUUCUCGUAGCUCAUCGUCUUCAGCAAGAAAUCGGCCCUUCAGCUCACAUUUUUGAUCAAUAUACGAAUAAGGAUAACCCCUUAGCUCAUUAUGAUCAUACAGCGGAUGAGAUUCUGCAGGCCUGUGCUCCGUUCGGAAAAAUCGACAUGCUUGUUUGCGGAGCAGGCACGGGUGGAACGCUAAGUGGCUUGAGCAGAAAGUUUAAAGAAAAAAUGCCCUUAUGUAAGGUAAGAAAGCUUUUCUUCUUCAACCCCUUUUAA